AUGGACCUGCUGCCCGUGCAGUUCCGCGCCCUGAGAUACUUCGGUCUGUGGUACGAGGCGCCCGAGGAGCACCGGUUGCCAAAGAUGGCCUACCGCGUCCUCGUGUUCCUCGUCAUCAUCCAAUUCACCAUCCUCCAAGUGAAGAACAUCCCCGACCCUCGGGACUUGGACAUCGCUGUCCUCUCGGACGUGGUGUUCCUGCUGUUCCUCUACUUUGCCCACGUGUUCAAGCUCCUGGUGUUCGUGCUCAAGCGGGCCAGCGUCCUCGAGCUGCUCGGCGAGCUCCGCUCGUCCAUCUGCCGGCCCCGCGACGCCUACGAGGCCACCACCCUCGGCAAGUACAAACGUAGAGCCAGGAACGUCUACUUCUACCGCAUGAUCGUCAGCACGAUAUCUUGCUCGAUAUUCUUCCUCGUACCGAUCGCCAAGGCCGGCCGGCCGGCGUUCCCGAUAGCCGCGACGUUUUUCGAGGUGGACGGUAGCGCCGUGCGCUUCGCCCUGGCCUACCUGCUCCAGGUGGUCGCCGUUUACGUGACCGCGACCACCGAGGUCUUUCUGGACUCGACGGUCUGCGCCUUCGUCAUACUGGCCAACGCGCAGGUGGACUUUUACCGGCACCGGCUGAUCGUCAACGGUGGUUUCGCCCAAGGCCCGGCUGGAUCGGUCGGCCGGUUCGUCGAGCACCACCUUAUCAUCCAGAGCAUCGUCCGCCGCGUCCAGUCUACCUUCAUGGGGAUCAUCGUGCCCGUCUUUUGCUUCGGGCUCAUCACUCUCUGCACCAGCCUGUUCAAGUUCACCCAGAUAUCGACAACCCUGUUGGAUCGCGCUUUUUGUUCGUUUUACCUUGCAUACUUAUUGUAUCCCAUUUACGUGUACUGUUGGUACGGAAACGAACUCCAAGAAAUGAACGAGAGUAUAGCCGACACUGUGUACAAAAGCGACUGGACCGCUUUGACAGCGUCCCAGAGGAAGAGCCAUUGGUACGUUAUUUUCAUCAGUCAGAAGAAACACGAAAUAUCGUAUCACGGACAAUGCGUUUUGUCCCUGCAAACGUUUAUCUGGAUGAUGAAGACAUCUUACGGAGCUUUCAACUUGCUGCAACAAGUUUCUGGAGACAAAUAAUCUAAUUAUUUGUGGGCGCCAAAAAUACACACGAGGCUACGUAAUUGUCAACACAACUUUUAGAAUAUGUUGUACGGCGG